UUCUGCUUAUCAUCUGCACACAGAAACACAGAUAGAUCUUAAUGAGUUAAAAUAUAGACAGUGGUUAUAUAUCUGUGAUGGUUUAAAUCGUUCUCUAAGGAAUGCCUAAUUGCAAGUCUUCUCCUGUUGGUAAUUCUGCAAACACACCAAGAGAUCACAGUAUAAUUAAAUGAAAAAAGAUUAAACAAGAGAAUUCUUGUCUCUACUCUUCAGAAUCUCCAGCUGUCGGAUGACUACAGUACAUCUGGUACUCGCCUUGUAACGUCAAAAUGAGUUUUACUAAGGAGAAUAAUCUCCAAACACUGUCAAAAGAGAAGCCGUAUUACUGUACAGAGUGCGGAAAGAGUUUUAGUGUGAAAGGAAGUUUCGUUAAACACCAACGCACUCACACUGGAGAGAAGCCUUUUUCCUGCUCACUAUGUGAAAAGCGAUUUACUGAAAAAGGAUCUUUAGUGACACAUCAGCGGAUUCACACUGGAGAAAGGCCUUAUUCCUGCACCGAAUGUGGAAAGAGUUUCAAUCAAGCGGAUACUCUCCGUAGUCAUCGGCGAAUUCAUUCAGGAGAGAAGCCAUAUCGCUGCGAGUGCGGAAAGAGUUUUACUGGGAGAGGCAAUUUUAUAAAACACCAGCGGAUUCACACGGGAGAGAAACCUCAUUACUGCACAGUGUGUGGAAAGAGUUUUUCUCAACUUGGAGGGUUAUUGAGACACCAACGAAUUCACACUGGAGAUAAGCCUUAUUACUGCGCAGAGUGUGGAAUGAGUUUUAAACAACAGAGUCAUCUUCAAAUACACAAGCGCGAUCACACAGGAGAGAAGCCGUACCACUGCUCAGAGUGCGGGAAGAGUUUUAAACUCAAGGAAACUUUGGUAAUACACCAGCGGACUCACACUGGAGAGAAGCCGUAUCAUUGCUUUCAGUGCAGCAAGAGUUUUACUGCGCGAAGUAAUUUUGCAAGACAUAAGCGCAUUCACACCGGAGAGAAGCUGCAACACUGUUUAGAAUGCGGGAAAAGUUUUCUUAACAGAAGUAGUUUAGUGAAUCACGAGCGCACUCACACAGGGGAGAAGCCGUAUUACUGCGCAGAGUGCAUGAAGAGUUAUAAAACCAAGGAAGCUUUAGCAAUACACCAGCGGAUUCAUACUGGAGAGAAGCCGUACCACUGCUUACAAUGCGGCAAGAGUUUUACUAACAAAAGUAAUUGUGUGAAACACAAGCGCAUUCACACAGGAGAGAAGCCGUAUCAUUGCACAGAAUGCGGGAAGAGUUAUAAAUCUAAAGAAUAUUUAGAAAUACACCAGCGGAUUCACACUGGAGAGAAGCCGUAUCACUGCUUACAGUGCGGCAAGAGGUUUAAUUACAGAAGUAAUUUUGCGAAACACAAGCGCAUUCACACAAGAGAGGAGCCGUUUCACUGCACAGAAUGCGGGAAGAGUUUUACACAACAGAAGCAUGUCCAAAGCCAUCAUUGCGUUCGUUUAGCAGAGGAGAUGCUCAACACUGCUCAACACGGUCAGGAAGAAGAAAUCUUGAAACAAACCAUCGCCAUCAUACAUAUACGAGAAGUUGCAUGACUGUUAACCCUGUGGACUAAGGUUCAUUUAAACAUGUUCAUUUAAUGCAUACAGAUGAAUUGUCAAGAAAUUUUAUAAUAAUAAUAAGUGUGAUGAUACUGGCAUCAUGAUUUAAUUUACACUGAUUCUCAGACUGUUUAGAACUAAAUUUAAACAAAAGUUCACAGUCAUAUUGUCUUACAAUUCUCUUCAUCUCUGUUCAGUUUUUAAUGUAUUAGUAUUGUUAAAACAUUUAAAAAAUGUUUUUCAAAAUGGUCUUGUUAAAACCGAUAGCUGCAAAAGUCCAUGUUUUAAUUUAGUUAAUUCAUUUUUUUAAUGAAUGCUUUGUUGUAAAAUAUUUCUAAAUAAUUAAUACAGAACGGUCUGCAUGUUUGUCUGUAUUAUAAUUACAAACGUCACAGAAUUUUCUUAUCUGAUAUUUUACCACGUUAUUUAAAUUUACUCUUAGGCAUUUGGCAGACGCUCUCAUCCAGAAAAAAAAUUGCUUUGAAGCUUUCGUUGCUGAAUAGAUACACUGGGUUACAGGUUAUUAACUAAGUGCCAUCAUUCAAACACAAUUGAGAAGUUUGACUGGGAAGUUUUUUUUUUUUGGUAGGGAGGAGGUGGGUGGGACAGGGGGAUUAGUCCAAGUAUUAAUAUGUCAAACAACAAUUGAUUAAUCAUUAGUAAUUACCAGUAUCUCAGUGUAGUUUUACUGUAUGUAAUGUGGUGCCCAGUUCAUGUGUGAAAAUGAUUCCUCAUGCUCCCGGAACCACUCAGUCGGAGUCCUUACAGUCGAAACUUACAGUCGGAGUCCUGGAAUAUACCCCAUGGAAUCAGGGAAGAAAAACUCUGUAGAUGACUGUGAUCAAACAACAAUUAAAUCACUCCUUCAGCCACCGGCCGCAAUCUUGGGGUAACUGUGGACAAUCAUCUGUCGUUUUUCCCACACAUCGCUAACCUUACUUGCUCUUGUAGAUUUCUUCUUUACAAUAUCAGAAGAUUUCGCCCAUUUCUUUCUUCACAGGCUACUCAGGUGCUUGUUCAGUCCCUUGUUAUUUCAAGACUGGACUACUGCAACUCACUCCUGGCAGGCCUGCCUCUGUCCACGAUUCGUCCUCUGCAACUGAUCCAGAAUGCAGCAGCACGUCUCGCUUUUAACCUUCCCAAGUUCUCCCACACCACCCCACUCCUUCGCUCCCUGCACUGGCUUCCUGUAGCUGCCUGCAUCAUAUUUAAAACGCUGAUGCUUGCCUACAAAGCUAAAAAUGGCCCAGCACCCACUUACCUCUCUGCUCUAAUCACACCACACACUGCACCAUGUUCUGUCUGAUCCUCCAGCACUGCUUACCUCAUCCCGCCAUCUCUCAGGGAUCGAGGGCGGCAUUUAUCCAGAUUCUUUUCUGUUCUGGCACCUAGGUAGUUCCUCUAGAUCAGUGGUUCUCAAACUUUCAAGCCAGCGAACCCUAAUUGAAGAUCGACAAGAGCUCGCGACCCCCACUAUCAAAAACAAGCAAUAAACAGAACAAGCUGUUCACAGUAUUUUGACUACAUUUACUAUACAUCAAAAUAAUUUUGGCUUACCUUUUAAUGGGAAGGGUUUACUUUUUUUUUUUUUUACUUUUUUUUUGCUUGUUGAGCAAUCGUGUUUGCCGGGCUUUAUACUUUCAUGAGCAAGCACUUCUGAACAGAUUACACAUUGAGGGAAAUCUACGUUGUCAACAGUAGAGCAAGUGAAUCCAUACUUUAUGAAUUCUUUCUGAUAUUUUCGACGUUUCCUUAUUUGGUCUGACGGGGUCUUGCUCUUAUGCUUGGUCGAAGUACUUGGUUCAGAUGACUCAGGCAAACUGUUCACAAUUUCGCUGUGCGCUGUAGCAAUAACUAGUGAGCCAGUCGCUGCACAGUGACGUCAUAUCUUUAAGUCACAAAUUUAUUUUUUUAAACACUCAAUUUAAACACUCACACUCAAUCAGUAAUAUCUUUACAAAUCAGAAAAUAUUUAUUUAUAGCAUUUACCUGUAAUACUGAAAAGUGUGUAUUAUAAUCACAAAAAAGACAUAAUUUUUUAAUCCCUCUCACGACCCCAUGAAAUUAUUCAGCGACCCCCAGUUUGCGAACCACUGCUCUAGAUGUCCGUACAGCUCCAGUACUCGGACUUAUUCACCCCCCCCCCAAAAAAAAAAACUCUCUCCAGUUGUUUGACUAAUGGCACUUAGGUAUUAACCUAGUUAACUAAGUGUAAGUAUCUAUCCAGUGAUGUAAACUUUACAGCACUUUUUGUAAAUCUGCCAAAUGCCUAAAUGUAAAUGUGAUAACCUGGUCUUGAUUCAGUGCAUUCAGGUCAUCAGCUGACUUUAUUUUAUUGCCCCAUAACGUUGCUGAGCCAAGAACUAAGCAACAUUGAACUCUUUGACUCCUUCAACCAUUAAAUCCGCUAAGCCUCAUACACAGCAGGCUGUGAUGCACUGGGUAUUUUGAUGCCUUUCUUUUGUGGCCUUUUGUUUGUGCUACAUUAGCUUUUCUGUAGAAUUGGGCAGGUGGGCUGGCCUUUGGUCCCCGUUGGUGUAGACGGACCUUAGGUGUCUAUGAUCCUGUCUUCAGUUUACUGGUAUAUAAUUGAUGAUCAAUGAUAUUAAAUUAAUCGGUUGGCGGUGUCAUGGUUGAUCAGUGUAAAGCUGUGCUGUGAAAACACUUUCUGUUCACACAAUUUCCUUCAAUUAGUGAAGCGUCUGUGGUCGGAUCGAUUUCCAAUUAAUGCUGUAGCUUACCGCAGCCUGGGGCCUAGUGAGAGCUGAUUGGCCGUGCUCUUUCAGAAGGGUGGAAUGGAGGGACUUAGCGCUCUCACAUCAAUCACGACUUCACAAACAAUUCGAUUUAAUUAGGUUUUAUUUAUAUAGCGCAUUUAACAAUUGUCAUUGUAGCAAAGCAGCUUUACAAAAUCAUAAAAAAAUAUUUAAAUUUGUAUGGAAUGUGAAUGUGUAUGAAUCAAAAUGGAUCAGUUAGCCCCUUGUGAGCAAGCAGACUCAACAGGGAACCCAUCCUUAUUUGGGUGAAACAGAAAGCAGGAAUUUAUCUGCAUUCAUACUGUGUUAGGUGGCAGCCAGUUUAGCUAUAACAGUUGAUUUAGUAAUUGAUAUUAAUAUGGAGUCCAGGUAGUUUAUUGGAGACUCAGGUAGGCUUGUAGGAAAUUCCAGUCCUGAAGUAUCAAGCAACUGCAGCCAAGUCAAGUCCUCAGAGAAACAGCUGUGAACACCAGUCGAGGCCAGAACCGUCUUCAUGGUACAGUGAAACUAUCCCCAGCCAGUGAAUGCGCAUCUCCACUUUGCUCUUUGGUGUGUGUUUGUGUUUUAGGUCUGAAUCUUUAUAAACAUUAAGUGGGGAAAAUUAUGUUUGAGAAAACAACAACAAUUAAACACUUGAUCAUUUGUGUCUGUGCUAUUUUGUGCUUAAGUGACCCAUAUAUAUUUUUUUCCUAGUUUAAAAAUGCUUUGGGUUUUACGAACUUCAUAGACAAACUUAGGAGGAGUGGAAUGUGAGAAAGGUAAAGUGAGAAAUCUUAGUGGAGAAUGUACUGACUCCCCCACUACUGACUGUUAGAUUGUGCUAAGAUGGGUUUUUUUCGUCUUGCCAGCGCGCAAAUGUGUUUGUGGUAAAUCCAGCUCAGACAAACCUGACGAAUGCAGAAGCACACACACACACCUGUGGCACUUUAACCGUUAGUGCAUCAACGUUGUCUUGUAAAUUGCUGAUUAAACCUAUGAACAAAGCUGUUCAAAAGAAAUACUAAACAGACACAUGGUCUAUUUUGUCCGCAAGUGAAAUACAUCAAUUCGCUAAUAAUUUACACCAUGAUAACAUUAGUGCAGAAGGAUCUGAAGAGACUUGUCUCUAUGACAUCAUGACUUUAAGACGUGCAGUAUAUUCAAACCGUAAACAGUGUUCAUUUUGCUGAACAUUACAGAACAGCCAUGUCCAAAUAAACAGUGCAUCUUUAAUAAGCCAUAUUGGUUUU